AUGACUGAUGAGGGGGGCGAGGACGAUGAAGACGACGAGGUUCAGGUCUUACAAUCCUCCAGAGGGUCACCGGUUCAGUCGGCAGACGACGACGAGGAUGACGAUGAAGAUGACGAUGGUGAAGGCGGAGACGACGAUGACGAUGGUGAAGGCGGAGAUGACGAUGACGAUGACGACGACGACGAGGAGGAAAACGAUGACGAGGAUGAAGACGGUGAAGAAGAGGUAAUAUAUGUCCAAAUUUAUAUAAUUUUCUGCAUAUGCUUCAUUUCUCUCAUCUGGGAUUGGGUUGCGUUCUCUGUUGGUGCCGGAGAUAUGGGUCCCACUUCAUCGUCCGGUGUCAGUAACAUGCAAGAUCUCAGAUGUUAUAGUGCCUCCUAUGCAUCCUCCGUCUACCCAACACAAUCCCAAGCCCAAACCCAGGUCGGCAACAAUGAUGUUCGGUUCAAAAAGGGCAAGUCUGCAAGUGGGUCUGUUUCUAAGAGCUGGAGUUUCAAUGAUCCGGAGCUGCAACGAAAGAAGCGAGUCGCUAGCUAUAAGGUUUACAGUGUAGAAGGGAAAGUUAAAGGCUCUUUCAGUUUUCCCGUGGCUCAAGGACAGGUGAACGCUUCUCUCAUCUAG